UAAGUACACAUACGUAUAACUUCAAUAUGACUUUCGGAGAGUAGUAAGAACAGCGAUAUACUAAGCGAGAAUAUAUUGAAUUUAUAGUGUAAAAUGAUAUAAGAUACCAGUCAUUGUAAUAAAAGAGUGCCGUCAGUGCAAGUUUAUUUGUAAUUAAAAACUGUUGAACUUAUAAAAGUUGAAAUACACGUAGAGCUAAAAUUUUGCAGAUAUUCGUCCCGACAUCCCUAUAUACUGGUUUCGACGUAAUGGACGUGUAUUGGAAUUCUUUCUUGUUAAAAUGCAACUUUUGUGUUAAAACAUUUCACUUAUUAACUCCUGAAAACAUGUUCUCAAUUAUAACGAUAUUAUUCAUAGUUACAAUCUAUUGGCUCUUCCUCGUACCUUGUAACUGGAAAAAGAGACAUGCGCCUGAUAUAAGUUUUAAUAAAAGGAAUAAUCGGUCACGUUUAAUAGGCUUGAAGCAAUUGCCUCCUCCCUAUCCAAAUGGCUGGUACUGUAUUUUAGAAUCAUCAUUAUUAAAACCAGAGAGCAGUAGAUAUGUUUCUUGCCUCGGAGAACAUUUCGCUAUUUUUCGGAACAUUGACGGGGAAGUAAGCGUAUUAAAUGCUUAUUGUCCUCAUCUUGGUGCAAAUAUGGCAAUUGGUGGGCGAAUAAAUGGUGAUAAUAUUGAGUGUCCUUUUCAUCAGUGGAGCUUUAGGGGCAGUGAUGGAUCAUGUGCAAAUAUUCCUUAUAGCUGUGGCGAUCGUAAGGGAAUUAAAGUUCGAAAAUGGAUAUGCCGCGAAAUAAAUGACAACAUUUUCAUUUGGUAUCAUUCGGAAAGUGAAAAAAUUCUAUGGGAGCUGCCUUUAUUUACUUCAAUUGAAAACAAGGAAUUAGUUUUCCAAGGUAGCAAUGAGUUUUACGUUGACUGUCAUAUUCAAGAAAUACCCGAGAAUGGCGCUGACUUAGCCCACUUUUCAGCAGUACAUCAAACGUGUUUAUUUUCGAGUGGACAAAAUCCUGAUAAAAGUUUGUUUCUUAAAUAUGUGCAACAUCACUGGAAGGCCGCAUGGAGUAUUUUAUCAUCAUCAAAAAGCCAUAUCGCAACACUCCAUUUAACACAUCAUCUCCAGUUGUUUUUUAAAUAUCAGCUGAUUCAAGUAGAUAUAAAAGCUAGACAGAUUGGUCCUUCUUUCGUACAUAUGGAUUUGAACUCGUCGGUAUUUGGGCAUAUUGAAAUUCUGCAAACUGUAACUCCAAUUGAACCACUUGUACAAAAAGUUUCUCAUAGGUUCUAUGCAAGCAGAGCCCUGGGCCCUAUUAUAAAGAUAUUGAUAUUCGCCGAAAGUGUUAUGUUUGAAAGAGACAUGGCUAUCUGGAACCAUAAAUUAUUUCGAAGCACGCCAUUGUUAGUAAAAGAAGAUAUUGGCAUAAAAAAAUUUAGAAUGUGGUUCUCGCAAUUCUAUACAGAAAACAGCAAGUCCUUUAUUGACGCACGAAAAAUACUGGACUGGUAAAAUAUUUUAUAAUUUUUUUUAUUACAUGUACUAAACUAAAAUUUUUCAAUAAACAGAACAGUUACCUAAAAAGUUUUUAAUCAAGCUA